UUGGGUCUCUGACCGCCGUCACGGCCAGGGUCUCAUGGUUGUGGAGAGGGCGUUGCGCAUUGAUCCCUCGGUCUCUUCACGACGAGGUGAACAAGAGGCCAGUGCUAGUACGAUGAUAUCUUCAGGAGCACCAGAAGCAGGAGCAACAAGUAGAACGUCGAGCGCGACUGACAGCGAGGUGAAAACCACAGCGCAACGUGUCCCUAGUACUGGAGGAGGGAAAGAAGAGCAUGUGCGGCAGGUGUUCUGUUACGAUGGAGGAUGGGUAGACGACAUGCGGUCAGGAUUUGGGCAGUGCAUUACCGUUCGCGAAAAGUACAGUGGACUCUGGUUGCAAAACAGGUAUCACGGUCAUGGGAACUUUGUGAGUGCGGACGGCUGUGUCAUCUACGACGGCGAUUUCCAAAGCGGCAAGUUCCACGGAACCGGAAAGCUGACGUACAACGCUCUGCACGCUCCGUCUGGAUCCCCAGUUUCCGAAACGGCAGCUGUGACGAGUUCUUCAACAUCCUCUGUAGCGACUAAUGUAUAUAAUGCGCUCAGCAUGUCCUCGAGUAUAACUGCUCCUAGUAGAACUGCUAGUGGGAAAAAUAUGUUGACGCAGCUCUUCCGGCCAACUCUGACGGCGGAAUUGCUAGCCGCACGAUCUGGUGCACCACACCGUGUGUCUGAUGCUCCUUUCAAGUAUGCAGGAGAGUUCCAGAACGGCGUAAGACACGGUGAGGGACAGUUGUCAGCAGAAGCGCCGCCUUUGAUUUACGUGGGUCCGUGGGUCCGGGACGAGAGAAGCGGGACUGGACGGAUGAUCUGCGACUUGGGGGAUGGCUGUUCCUGGGAAUUCGAUGGUGCGUUUGCGUGCGGUGUGGGGCGUCAGGGCAGAGGGACGCUGAAGUUGAGGCAACAGAACGCGUUCACAUGUCGGAUCAGCUGUGAUUGGCGAGGAGAGUCCAUUUUGCCAAAGGGUCUAGAGAUCGGGCUAGAACUGGAACUAGAUGCAAGCGACUUCCUUGCUGCGGAGGGCAGUGAAGCAGGAAUCAUUUCUUACGGCUCACAGUUCACGUCGAGAGUUUGCCUUUUCUCAAAGAAACGGCACACAUAAGUUGAGUAUUUCCCUUCCUGUAAAGUCGAACUUCUUCUUGAGUACAGAUGAUAGAUCAGGAUCUAGACGGUAUACCAUGCUAAUAAGUACUCAAAUAGGUUGAGUCUAUUCUCUUGUGUCGAAAGAACCCCGAUGAGGGAGUUAUCUCUGUAUCAUAGGCUCUAAGUUGAUCCAAGUUCGGGUGCAGUGGCGCAGCUAGCAAGUUUGGGUGCUGAAGAGGAGGAGGAGAUCGAGGAGUCGCUACUUGGCCCGACAGCGGGGCCUUCGGUAAGCAGUGUCGAGACCAGUUCAGGUGGUUCAGCAGGUGCCAAAAAGACCGACAAAGCAAAACUCUACAAGAUCAGAAAACGCAAGCGCGGACGGCCUGUCGGAAAACCUAGUAGUAAAUCUUCGGUUUCUGCUGUGAGCAAACCAAGCCAUACAGGGUCUGUUUCUUCCUCUGGUACAACAACAGCUGACAGUAAGAGCGCUUCUACUGCAGAGGGCCGUUUGCCCGAAGUCUUGACUCGAUGGGAAUAUGCAGGUGAUGUCGCUGUUGUCGAGGUUGCUGUGACCGCGGUGAAUGACGAUAGCCUAGUACACCAGACCAAAAAAACAUCAAAAGUAACUUCAGGGGCCUCGUCGGAAGUAGAAGAUGAGAAGACCACUGCGGUUACUUCUACCGCUACAACUGCCCAAGGCGAACAUCGAGACGGAGAAAAGACAAAGAAAAAAAUUACAGCAGAGGGAGACGUCGAAGAGGAAGAUGACGGGGAUGAGGAUUUUUUGCCGGAGAUUGAAGUCAGUGCUUCGACGUUGCCUGUCACUUCUGGGAAAAAUUCGUUCGUAGCGAUUCCGGAGCGGCAUUUCCUAGCACUGGAAGCCCCUUUCGAUCCGUCGGACCCGGGUCGCCGGCAUUUGAGCGAGAUCGACCGACUAUUACAUCAUUUUUAUCGGGCGGACGUGCGUCAGGGUGAGGCCAUCUGGUUUCCGAUCUCCUUCGGCGGCCUCCGUCUUUUCCCACAUGGGAACGGUCGCCUCAAACGGGUGGAUGAGCGAACCGCGGAAGUCAAAAUCUGGGAAGGGACGUUUGACAUGGGCAAGCUUGUGCCGAAAGAACAUAGAGAAUCUUGA